UUUUUGCAAUACUGAUAUUAAAAUGAGUGAAAACUAAGGAUAGUUAAAUUAAAAUAAUAGAAAUUCGCCAUUGAAAUCUGAAGCUAAUUAGGUUGAGGUAUAAUUGGUCAAUUAGAAUAAAGAAUAAGAAGAUGAUAAAAAAGAAAUUCAACCUAAUAACACUUAAAUAGAACAAAAUGGAUAGUAGUAAAUAGUUUUAUUCAUAACAUAAGGGAAGAAAGUCCACUAAUUUAAAAUUAAAUAAACCUUAAUCAAAGAACAAAUAAUAAUUCUAAUUAGAGUGCAAGUAAGAAAAGUCAAGCAGAUUUUAGAAAAAGUAUUUAUUUUGUUUCUGCUGAAAGACAAGUUGACUCAGCUUAAUCAUUUUUCUAAAAAGUAAUAAAGUCUACUAUUUAUGAGAUUCAUUCAAAAGAAAAGCAUAGUAAAAAAUGUUGUGAGAUAUGUUGCCUUCUAAUUGGUUCUCAUACUUUUUGUUGUAGUUCAGAAAAAACAGAAUAAGACUUUAUUCAGUUUGGAGUUGGCAUAAAUCUAUAUUUUAGGUUUUUAAAAAAGAUUGGGUAUUACUUUAUGAUUUUUACAUUUUUAUCAAUUCCAUAAUUGCUUUUUAGUAUAUUAUGUAAAUUUAAUAUCUUAUAAUAGCUUAUGUAGGAAGUAAAUCUCGAGAUUCUUCUAAUUAUUUUGAUUUUUUAAUGGCAACUACAAUUGGUUCAACAAGUUUAAAUAAUAAAGAUUGUUAAAUUUAAUAUUUUGAUACAUUUGAUUUUUCAGUAGAAUUUAAUUUGGUAUGUGAUUCAGGUAAUCUUGCUGGAUCAUCAUUUUCUUUUGGCAUUAUUAAUUCAAAUGAAUAAGAUUGCAUUUAUUUGAGUCAAUCAGAAUUAAAUUUAAAUACAACAAAUUAAGAAAGAUUGAACUAAUUAAGAUAAUAAAUUGAUUCAUAAGAAUAAUUUUCAUUUACUUUAACAUAAUCUGAUUUUAAUAAUGAAGAUCCAAAAGGUAAAAGAAUAUAUGCUGGAGCUUCAUGUAAAGAAGCUAUGAUAAAUUUUGGAUAAGUAGAAAUUUAAUAAAAAAUAGUGCCUGUUAUAUUUGCAUCUUGUGAUGCAGCAAUAGUUUUGUUAUUCAUUUUUUUUUUACUUACUUUAACUGCCAGUGAAAAUAAAUACAAUCGAAUUUCACAAAAAGAAACUCCAACAUUAUAACAUUUUUCAAUUUAGAUAUCAAGUCUACCAAAUAGUUAAUAAUUAAUUAAAACUUUGUAAGUUUAAGAAAAUUAGUAAUAUAAAUAAUUAUUGCUUUUGGAAGUGAAAAAAUUCAUUGAUUAUUAAUUGAGAUCUGUUUUAAAAAAUUAAGAUUUAAAAAUUUAUGACAUUCAAGUUUCAGAAAAAGAAAAAAUAUUAUAAUUAUAAGCAGAAUUAAAAAAUAAAAAAUAAAAAAUAUAAUAGUAAUUAGAUGAAUUGAAAGCAAAUAGAAUAUAAUAAUAUUUAGAAGCAUAAAAACAUUUUGAAGACUAAAUAAUGACAAAAGAAUCAUAUUAAAAAUUUUAUGAAAUUUUGAAAUAGUUAUGUGAAAAUCCAGAUGCUGAAAAAUAAUUGAAUGAUAUUGAUCAAAAUAUUCAAAAGUAUUGGAAUGAUAUAGAUGAAUUAUCUAAAAAGAUUGAUUAAGUAUAAUAAGAAGGGGAUUCUAAAUAUAUAUGGAUUACUUUUGAUACAAUUAAAUAAAAAUAAAAAGUUUAAGAGAAAUUAUAAAGCUUACCUAAAGAUUGGUUGUAUUUUUAUUGUUGUUUUUGUUGUUUUGAUAAAAAUCAAAAGAAAGAUAAAUUGUAUUUAUUAAAAAUUAUUUAGUUUACUUGAAAAAUUUAAACUUUAAAUUAAGGAUGCACCUAUUCCUGAAAAUAUAAAUUGGAAUAAUCUUAAUUAUUCUAUGAAGCAAAGAAUAUUGAGAUAGUUUUGUAGUUUAUUUCUAACAUUAAUUCUCUUGGGAGGUUCAUGGGUAUUAGUAAGUUGGGUAAAUCUUUAAAAGGCAGAUUUUUAAUAAAAAUAUCCAUCUAUAAAUUGCAAUAAUAAAAUAUAUAACACAAUUACUUUAGAAUAAGUGUAGAUAGAAAUUAAUGGUAAUAGCACAAUUAAAGGUUAUGUUGAAUGUUACUGUAAACCAAAAUUUGGUGAAAUUCUACAAGGAAAUUAUGACAUAUGUUAAGAUUGGAGCACAUAGUAUACAUUUUAAUAAUCAUUACCUUGGAUUAUUGUAGUAGGAUUAAUAGUAGUAAAUGUUUUAAUUUAAUAUUUAUUUAUUUGUAAAAAAUAUCUAAUUUUUAGUUUUAUCGUAAUGGGAGAAGCAUUUGAUGAUUUCUGAAGAAUACUCAAGCAGAAUUCUAAAAAUAUUUUUAGGUUAAUUUUUAAAUACUGGAUUGAUUCUCCUAAUAACUAAUGUUGAUUUUGGUAAUUCUACAAGAAAUGAUGCUCCUGAGGCUAUUAGAUUUCUUUUUGGAGGAAAAUAUGGAGAUAUUGAUUCUAAAUGGUGUCAAAAUAUAGGAAUUGUUUUGGUAUAACAUUUUAAUUGAUAAAAUAGUUAUUAACCUUAUUAAUUAAUAUUCUAACAUAACCUUUAAUGCUUUUUUUGGAAAUAUUCGUUAGAUAUUUAAAAUAAGUUUUUGAUUAAAGUUCUUGUUGUUUAAAUGAAAAUAAAACUCGUCAAAAAAAUUAUUAAGAUUUCAAAGAUUUAUAUAAAGGAGAGUAAUUUAGAGUUGAAUUAAGAUAUGCUUAAAUUUUAACAGCUCUUUAUAUUUGUUUUAUGUAUAGUCCUGCAUUACCAUUCCUAUUUUGUAUUACAAUGUUAACAAUAUGGUUCCUUUAUAUUGUAGAUAAAAUAUCUAGUAAUAUAUUUUAAAUAAUAUUAUUAGUAUUCAAAACUUAUCGCAAACCAGUUGUGAUAGAUUCAGUAAUUAGUAAUUCUGUUAGAAAAUAUUUAUGGAUUGCUAUUAUUAUUCAUUUAGGUUUUGCAACUUAUAUUUACGGAAGUUCUAAUUUAUUUUAUGAAACUAUUGAGGCAAAAUUGGUGAUUGAAUAAUUAUAAGAUGUUUAUGGAUCAUAAAAUGUAGUUGUGGAAUGGUGGGAUAGAUCUUGGAGUUAAAUUCCAAAUAUAGUUUUACUUGGCAUCCUUGCUUCACUUUUAUUUAUAAUAUUUUUAUUUUUCUUUUGUUAUAAACCAAUAGUUGGAUUGUUUUCAAAAUGUUUCGCUUGUUGCAAUGAUAAAAUUUUAAAAAAUACUUCUGUUGGAUUGGAUUAAUAAGAAUAAAGACCUUUCUUAAAAUGUAAGUUUUUUAUCUCUAUUUUAUAAGUUUUAAAAAGAGAAUAAUUAGUUGAUGAUCUAAAAUUUACUUAAUUUUAAAUGAUGCUAGCUCCUACUGUUUAUGAGGAAAAAUAUCUCAAAUUAUAAGCAGAAUUAUAAAUACCUAUAGGAAUCAAUAAUGCUGCUCCCAUUAUGAAUCAUGAUAUUCGAAUAGAAUAAUUACCUUUAGCUUAGAGUUAAGUUAAAUAAUCAUAAGUUAUUCGAAACAAUUAGGUUUAAUAAAAUAAUUCUGGAAAUUAAAAUGCCUUAUCAUAAAGUCAGGCUAAUAAAAAAGUUAUUGAAUAAGAUUAAACGAAAAAUUGUUAGCAGAAAUUAAUUGGUCUCAGAUCCUAUCACAAAGCUGUAUGAAUUUUAUUUUAUUUCUAGUAUAACAAAUAAUACCGAAAAUUUUAUGAGUGGGAUGAAAUUAAAGCAAUUAAUCUAGGAGAAUGA